UUAAAUUAUUUAUUCAAAGCACCAACAGUUAGUCAGCAUUCAAAAUUCCCUGAAUUUAUCUAACCUUUUAAAAUUUUUAAUGAAUCUUCUUUGUCAUCUGAACUAAUACUUUGUCGUGUACUCCUUUUCUAUUCUAACGAAUGAUUGCAACUCAAACAAAUGAUAUUUUAUUUCUUCCCUUCUGAAUUCAGAAAUGAUUUUCUUCAUUCCCCUCCAUUUAUAGGGAUUUUAUUCGAUUUUGGAAUUGGGUAUAAAUAAAUAAUUAAUUAAUUUAAUUACCAAUAAAAAACGACCAAGGAAUAACAAUGGUGGUAACUGAGAUUUCGAUGAUCCAUCAUGUGGGCAUUGUGUUCAUUUUAAUUUGGUUGUUUAAUUCCUACAAUUGUUGCCACCCACUUCUUUAUCUUGUCUCUUUAAUCUAUCUAUACCAGAUUCAUGAAAGGUAUGUUAUGAGAUUAAGGAGAAAGUUGCAAUUUAAAGAGAAAAAGGCAUCCAAUCAAAGACGGAUACUAACAGAUUCUGAGACAGUAAAGUGGCUGAAUUAUGCAAUUGAAAAGAUAUGGCCAAUUUGUAUGGAGCAGAUUAUUUCUCAGAGGAUUUUUCUUCCUAUUAUUCCUUGGUUUCUGCAGAAGUACAAACCAUGGACUGUAAAACGAGCUGUUGUUCAGCAUCUUUACUUGGGAAGGACCCCUCCUUUGUUCACCGAUAUUCGUGUUCUUCGUGACUCUACUGAGGAUGACCAUUUGGUUUUGGAGCUAGGGUUGAAUUUCUUGACAGCAGAUGAUAUGAGUGCAAUUCUUGCUGCAAAACUUAGGAAGAGACUUGGAUUCGGAAUUGUGGCAAAGAUGCACUUGACUUGCAUGCAUGUUGAAGGGAAGGUGCUGGUUGGUGUAAAGUUUCUACGCUCUUGGCCAUUCAUAGGUCGAUUGCGUAUAUGUUUUGCUGAACCUCCAUACUUUCAGAUGACUGUCAAACCAAUCUUCAACCAUGGUCUUGAUGUAACUGAAUUACCUGGAAUUGCUGGUUGGCUGGAUAAGCUGUUGGCUGUUGCAUUUGAAGAGACACUUGUGGAGCCCAAUAUGUUGGUUGUAGACAUGGAGAAAUUUGUAUCGCCUGAGCCUGAAAAUUGGUUCUCUGUGGAUGUGAAAGAACCUAUUGCUUAUGCAAAUGUGGAAGUUAUUGAAGCAGCAGAGCUAAAGGCAUCAGACCUAAAUGGUUUGUCUGAUCCCUAUGUGAAAGGACAUCUUGCUCAGUACAGAUUUAGGACUCAGGUACAGAGAAAAACAUUGUCUCCAAAGUGGCAAGAGGAGUUCAAGGUUCCCAUUUGUUCGUGGGAUGGACUAAAUAUACUAGCGAUUGAAGUCCUUGACAAGGACCGUUUUUCAGUUGAUGAUAUUAUUGGAAAUUAUUCAUUGAACAUCAAUGAUUUUAGGGAUGGCCAUAGGCAUGACAUGUGGCUGGCACUUGAGAAUGUCAAGGUUGGAAGAUUGCAUCUUGCUAUCACUGUUGUUCGGGCGGAUGGCAAGGAUAAGGAACAGAGGAUUGGAGAAGUAAAGAUUGUGUCCGAGAAAACUGUAUCACUUCAGAACGAAAUUGCCGAGAAACGACCUGCCUCAACUGCAAACCCACAAUUGGUUUCUGAUACAUUUGAAGCAAUUGAUAUUGAAGGCCAGAAAGAGACAGGAAUUUGGGUCCAACAUCCUGGAAGUAAAGUUUCUCAGACAUGGGAGCCUAGGAAAGGAAGGAGCAGAUACGGUGAUACUGAGAUCCUUUCUGUGGAUACCCCAAGAUCAUCCUUGCCGAUUGACAGUAGUAGUGAUGAAAGUAAGGACGAUCACAACAAUAAACGCAGCAAUAUACUUCAAAGAGGCCUCGGUAAACUAUUCCACAGGCAUCAAGAGAAUGAAAUUCCUACCAAGACUGCUGGGAUUGAUGAUUUCUCAUCGCAUGAUAAUGUCAAAGCCGCUCACAUUAAAAAGGUAGGAGUAAACCUUGUAGUGGAUGAUGAAUUUUCUGGACCUCUUUGUUCUGAAGGAAAACCCGGAGGAGGUUCAAGUAAUGAAGGAAGUGGAGCAGAUAAUUCGGGCAAAUGUGAUGUAAAGGGUAAGGCUAAAAACAUGUUGAAGAAUGCUAAAAAUUCUGCACGGCGUUUGAAGCAGACAUUUUCACGGAAAGGAUCCAAGAAGAAUAUGGAUACUCCAGAAGUGGGGAUUCCUUUGGAAACCGAUUCAUCCGAAGGCGACUCAUUAUCGUCCUCUCUUUACGGUCAAUCAGUUGAAGGCGUUCCCAUUUGUUCAAGUUCCAUCUCAAGACGGGCUAAUGACGAGUCAGAGUUAAAGGAACCUGUUUUGAUGAAUGACCCUAAUAAGGCUACCCUUGAUGUGUCUUUUUGUAAGAGUAGUGAUAGUAUGGGCAGUGCCGAAGGAGAUCGAGGGUUGUCUGUUGAAAAACCUUGCAACCAGAAUCCUUCUGGAGAUGUGUAGAGGAAAGAUGGUCGAGAUACAUUCUUCUGUCUGGAAAGCUGUAACAUUGUGCGUGUAUAAUACAAGUCUUCUCUGAAGUCAUGUUGAAGGCUGUCCAAUUUUCAUAGUACCCUGGUUUCCAUCACUGAUGUUCAUGUACUUGAUUAAGGUGACCCAGGGAUUAUAGUUUUUCUUUUUCAUUAUGUAUAUUAUGCAAAAGCUUCUUUUAUAUAACAAAAUGAUUUGUAUAAAGAUAUAGACAUACAGAUCAUCGUUCAUAGCAAACUCAACUCGGUUUAUCUCGCAACGGUUGCUUGUUACAAAA